AAGUAAUGUGCGUCAAGCAGGUAUUGGUCACACUGGAGCCGGUUGUGUUGCUAUUUUGUGAACUUUUGUUGAAUAAAUGUGAAUUCCCUGACAUUAAAGUUUAAAACUUAGUGCCUAGCAGUCUAAAUGUGUAUAUUGGUCAAACCAACAUUAAUACUAUCGAACCUGGACUCAGAGCUGAGCUCUUCAAAUUAAGGCUAUCCAAUAUCAUAAAAUACAGGUGUUUGCUUAUCACUCUAUACCUGUGCGCAAAAGCCUCCAAGUGUAUUUUCGAAUUCCUGGUACUUCCCCGAUUUCCGUUUUGUGAACUUCCCCUUUUAUCAUCACAGCAGUCUUUGACAGAACGCCGACGAAUGCAGUACAGCCUAAAAACAAAGAAAAAAAUUCUGAAUUUUUAUUUUAAAGUGUUUAAAGUAAAAGUAAAGUUUCAAUGGAAAUAAUGAGAAGUCAGGACGCGGAGGCCGCUGAAAUAAAGCCUCGCAGCUACCAACUGCGUCUGGUGGAUCACAUUACCAGGCAGAAUGGCAUUAUUUACUUGCCCACCGGUUCCGGGAAAACUUUCGUGGCGAUAUUGGCCCUUAAACGAUUCUCCCAAGAUAUGGACAAGACUAUUGAAGACGGCGGCAAGCGGGCCAUAUUUAUGUGCAACACGGUGGAGCUGGCCCGCCAGCAGGCUGUGGCAAUAAAGCGCUUCACCAAUCUCAAGGUUGGAUUCUAUGUGGGGGAGCAGGGUGUAGACGACUGGCCAAGGGGCCAGUGGGAGACUGAAAUCCGAGAUAAGCAAGUUAUGGUGGGAACGGCUCAGGUGAUGCUGGACGUUUUCACCCAGCGGCACAUGGAACUAAAGUCUGUGAGCAUCGUUAUAAUUGACGAAUGCCAUCACGGCACGGGCCAUCAUCCCUUCCAUGAGUUUAUGCGCCUUUUCCUCUACGGGUCGAGCAAUGAACUGCCUCGAGUUGUGGGCCUAACCGGAGUGCUGAUCAAGGGCAAUGAGGUGAAGAAUGUGGCCAGAAGACUCAAGGACCUGGAGACCACCUACAGAGGAAACAUCAUUACAGUAUCGGACACCGCUGAUCUGGAGAAUGUGAUGCUACAUUCAACAAAGCCCAAGGAGUACAUGAUACAAUAUCCCGCACAAUGCCAAAAGUAUUCGCUUGUCGCAGAUGUCGAAAGAAUGAUUUUUAAUUUCUUUGCAGUCCUGGACCAAUUGGAUAUUGGCGUUCAGCCUCAGCGAAGAUCGAAGGGACUGAUGAACCUGCGGGAUCCGCACAAAAAGAGUGCCAUAAAAGCGCUCUUCAACGACUUCAAGUUCCAGAUGGUGGAGUACGGAGUAUAUGCCGCCUCCAUUGCAAUUGUUUCGCUCAGCGUUGAGUUUGAGGUGAAGAAACGCCAAGCGGAGACCAUUUCCCUCAAAACAAUGUAUAGAGCGGCCAUAUCCAUGUGCGACCAGAUCCGCCACAUCUUGGUGAGGAAACUGCGCGACCUGGUGGACGAUGACGAUGAGACUGAUGAGAAGACCAAUACCUAUGAAAUUAUUAUGAACUUCUCAACCCCGAAGGUGCAACGAUUUCUGCAGUAUCUUAAGCAGACAUUCGCUGGAAAGCAACCGAAGGAUAUCUGUUGUCUGGUAUUUGUGGAGCGACGCUACACGGCUAAAUGCAUUUUUGGGCUGGUGUUGCACUUCAUUCAAGCCACUCCAGAGUUGCGUGAUGUGCUGGUGCCGCAGUUUAUGGUGGGACGAAAUUCGAUUUCCCAGGACUUUGAAUCCGUAUUGGAGGGAAAAUUCCAAAAAUCUGCCAUUCAACAGUUUCGUGAUGGCGAGGCCAAUCUGAUGAUAUGCUCCAGUGUCCUGGAAGAGGGUAUCGAUGUACAAGCGUGCAAUUAUGUCCUUAUCCUUGACAGCCUGAAAACCUUCAACAUGUACGUUCAAACUAAGGGUCGUGCACGAUCCAAGGAAGCAGUCUUUAUUAUUUUUUCCGCGGAUGCUAAUACAGGAGAGGUUUCGAAGCAGAUUGGUCAAUAUCGUCAGGCUCACUCCGAUAUUUCCGAAUAUUUAAAGGGUCGUGUCUUGGAGCGGGCUCUACCGCUGCCCAACGAGAUUACCGAACACUUCCAGGACAUCAUUCCUCCAUUUAAAAAUGAGCAUGGUUCCAUUUUACUGGCCAGUAAUGCCCUAAUCCUUCUCCACCGCUACUGUCAGAGUUUGCCUUCGGAUGCGUUCGGUUUUGUAGUCCCAUGGAUUAAUUUAGUGGAACCCAAGGAACGGGUAAAACGUUUUGGCAAAAGUGCCGAAUAUAAGCAAGUCGUUUCUAUUGUCUUGCCACUCACAUCUAGUCUAAAGGAUACGAUCUAUAGCUAUCCCAUGGACUGCGUCAAAUCUGCCAAAGUAUCUGCCGCCUUCAACGCCUGCAAGCUGCUCUAUGAACUCGGUGAACUCGGCGAAAAAUUCCUGCCCAUUACGGCGAAGGAGCGGGUAGCUGCCAUUGCUGAUGUCCACUUUGAACACUGGAAAAAGUACGGUGAUGAUGUGACAAAGACUAGCAAAGAAAAGGAAAAUCAAGUGCGUACCUAUAGGACUGGCUGUCCGGAGGAAUUCAUGGAUGCCAUGCCGCGGGUUGGCGAGGUCUGCUACGCCUACGAGAUCUUCCUGGAGCCACAUUUCGAGCGCAAUGACUACACGGAACACGUUUAUGACAACCUGCAGACGCCUCGGAACUAUGCACUGCUGCUGCGGAACAAGCUGCCCAGGUUAGCGGAAAUGCCACUAUUUUGCAAUCAGGGAAAACUUCAUGUCCGUGUCGCUUCGGAGCCUCGUGAGAUAGUACUCGAUAGUGACAUCAAGGUGGAGCUUCUGCAGCAGUUCCAUGUUACAAUUUUCCGCAGUAUACUGCGCAUUUGGCAGCCGUUCUUCGUUUUCGAUCGACUCGCCAGGGAGAAUUCGUAUCUGGUGGUACCUUUGGCUGUGGGUGCAGCAAAGGCUGAGGUUAUCGACUGGCCACUGGUCACCAAGUUCCAAAGCCUGCCGGAAGUCAAAAAGUCCAGUGUGCAGCAGCGAAAGGAGGCACCACCCCCGUGUCCCGAAGACUUUGAGGGAAAAAUUGUGACCCAGUGGUAUUCUAACUAUGAGGAGAAGCGGAUGCUGGUCACCAAGGUGCACCGAGAUCUCACACCAUACAGCUACAUGGAAAAGAACCACCAGGACAAGACUUACUAUACCUUUACCAUGUCGAAGUAUAGCAACCACAUCGGUGAUGUAGUGCAUAAGGAUCAGUUCCUGAUUGAAGUACGUGAGCUGACAGAGCAGCUAAACUUCUAUGUCCAGCAGCGAGGCAAAUCCUCCGCCCAGAGCAAGGCCCGGGCGAAGGUGGUGCUUAUACCGGAGCUGACCUUCAAUUUUGAUUUCCCUGGCGAUGUUUGGCUAAAGAUGAUAUUCCUACCCAGCAUUCUGCGACGUCUUCACUUUCUGCUUCACGCUGAGGCUCUGCGAAAGCGAUUCAACGCAUACCUGGGCCUUCAACACUUGCCAAUAAACGGAGUCGAUUACAAGCCCAGGCCCGUGGAUAUUGAUUGGUCAUUAAAGAGGAAUGUUGAUCCGUUAGGCAAUGCCGUGGCCGAUGAUGAUUUUAAGGAGCAGCGCUCCCUGCUGGAGCCCAUGAAAACAAAGCCCCUUGAAGAGUCCUUGGCAAAGUUGGAGAUCACCGACUUGGCGAACAAAUGGCAGGAUUACAUGGAACCGACGGACAUCUCGCGUAACCUAAUGACCGCCUAUCCCGUAGAGCUGUCCUACUACUACCAGUUUACCUCUGGCUUUGUGAAACGGCUGGAAGAAAUGGAAUACGCUGAUAAAGAAUAUUGGUCGGAAAACCAAUUUAAAAUUCCAUUGGGAAGCAUCUACGAUGUCAGAAGCACAGAUGUGGUGAAAGAAAACCUUCCAGCAUUGAUGCCAGCUAGUGGUUUUAAGCCCCAAGUGCAUCAGGAUGUGAGCUACCUGUCGAUCCUGCAGAAGAGUAUGUCAAACGAGCAUAUCACUGCCGCCGAGCAGAGCGAAUUCCUGGCUGCCAUCACCACCUCGGGCAGUGCCGAUGUGUUUGACAUGGAGCGGCUGGAGAUGUUGGGCGACUCGUUUUUGAAAAUGAGCGGUUCGCUGUACCUAGCCAACAGGUAUGCCGAUUGGAAUGAGGGUACACUCACGCAGGUCAAGUCCAAGCUGGUAUCCAACAGGAACCUUUUGUAUUGCCUAAGCGAAACGGACAUUCCCACGAGGAUAAGCUCUUCCUUGUUCACCCCAAAAUACACAUGGAUACCGCCGGGAGUGAGUUUGCCACGCAAUGUCCUGGCUUUGUGGAACAAUAAACCCGAUGUGGCGAAGCUGGUGGGUCCGCAUAACCUGAGGGACCUAACGCUCACCGAUGAGGAGUCACUAAUCACGGGCACUUGCAGCGAGUCAACAUUGAGCACGUUCAUGGAUGGCUGUCGGAAGAAUAUGAGCAGCCAUCACGCCGACACAGAUUUCUCUGCCGAGCUAAACUUUUGCAUCGGCCGGGCUAAUAUUGCGGAUAAGGUUGUUGCCGAUACGCUGGAGGCGCUCUUGGGUGUCGUUGUGAAGAACUAUGGCCUGACCCACGGCUUUCGGAUGCUGGAGUACUUUGGUAUCUGCAAGGCGGACAUCGGCAAGCCGCUAACCCAAUUGCUGGACCUCAGACUGGGCGGCGCCAACAUGCGAACGAAUGUCAGCACCACCGAAAUCGAUAGCUUUUUGAUAAAUCAUGCGAAUUUGGAGCAGAACCUGGGCUACACCUUCAAAGAUCGUGGCUAUCUUCUGCAGGCUCUCACCCAUCCUUCGUAUCCCACCAAUCGGAUUACUGGCUGCUACCAGCAGCUGGAGUUCAUUGGUGAUGCCAUACUCGAUUUCCUCAUAUCCGGUUAUAUUUUCGAGAACAAUACCAAGAUGACUCCCGGACAGCUGACAGACUUGCGAUCAGCCCUGGUGAACAACACGACCCUGGCCUGUAUUUGUGUGCGGCACAAGAUUCACUUGUUCAUCCUGGCCGAGAAUGCCCUGCUCUCAGAGGCCAUUGCCAGCUUUGUCCAGUUCCAAGAGACUCAAAACCAUAGGGUCACCAAUCAUGUGAGGAUUCUUCUCGAAGAGAACGAUACCACCCCAUUGGACGUGGAUGGCGAGGUUAAAUCUAUGGAGAUAGACGAAACCACUGAAAGUGAAGAAAAUAAUGGUGUUCCAACGAAAGGGGACUACAACAUGUCCCAGAACGUGGAUGUACCCAAAGCACUGGGAGACGUGCUAGAAGCUCUCAUUGCAGCAGUGUAUCUCGACUGCAGGGACCUCCAUCGCACCUGGCAGGUUAUUUACAAUCUUUUCAAGCCCGAAAUCAAGGAAUUCACCCGAAACGUUCCCAUCAACCCGAUACGACAGCUCAACGAGCACAAGCUUGCGUCCCCAAUUUAUAGUGGACCAUGCAUUGAACAGGGUAUGGUAAUGGUUAGUUGCCAGUUUACCUGCAUGGAAAAGUCAAUAAAGGUGUACGGGUUCGGCAGUAACCAACAACAGGCCAAACUGGCGGCUGCCAAGCACGCCCUCCAGAAGUUGGCCAAAUGUGAUGCAUAAACUGGACGGUUUUCAAUGUCAAUUGCCCUUGGCACGGAUUUAUUCCAAGUUGCAUGAGCCAGAGAGUCUCAUUCAAUUUUGAAAAAAUCCGUUAAAGCGCCUUUUGACAAAUCAAUUAUAAAUUUUUUUAUAUAUGUAAUAUUUUAUAUGAAAUCUCUAUUUUUAUACAAAAUUUGUAUUCCUUCUUGUUUUUCGCUGGUUUAUGAAAUACUCUCUUAUUCACGAAGCUUUUAAUAAAACAAUUUAUUGUUA